AUGGGUUCAACGAUAGCCCACCACUUUGCAAGACUUCACUUCUUUCGAAUCAAACCGUUCAUUGAAGAGCCUCUUGACUCGGACUUAAUCGAGUCAAGAGAAAAGGAUGCACAUUUUCCAUGGCAUAUGAUCGUGUUACUUCUUCUCUCGAUUGCGGGGCUGGUUGCUCAAAUUCUGGUGGCGCCGAUUUACUCUUCUGCAUGGGCAAUCAGUGGCUUGUGGGCAAUGGCCUUUAGCUACCUCAUCAUACGACGUCCCAGGUCUGCCUCGACUUUCCUUCUCAUUGCCUUUACAUCGAUUGUCAUUGGAGAGAUGGCCAUCGUUGCCACUCAAUUCCAUGGGCCAUUCAUUGACCGGGACCCGAUAUUGACGACCUUCAGCGGAAUUUGUGCAUUCCUGUCAGCCAUCUUCAUUAUCAAUAUGCCGCUGCGUGCUCCAGAGAUGAGUCGUAACGGCAUCAGUCCUCCGUUUGCCAUACCAACAAACCAGUUGAGAUCGCCCGAAGACAAUAUGACGUUGUUCCAGUGGAUGACAGUAUCCUGGAUGUCGCCACUUAUCAAAGUUGGCAAUACUCGCCAACUAAACGAUGAAGAUGUCUGGCUACUGGGCUAUGAGUUUCAACAUCGUUACCUGCACGACGCAUUCCGGGAACUGAAAGGAUCCGUGGUUCGACGCCUGUUGGCCGCAAACUGGAUCGACUUGGUGAUUUUGACUCUCCUGGCUAUCGUCGAAUUGACCGCAAAUUAUGCUGCUCCAAUGAUAAUGCAGAAGCUUUUGCAAGCAAUGGACCUUAUCUCCACCGAAAAACGACCAGCAAUGACCUUCGCGCUCCUUAUGCUCGUCGCUAGACUUGUUGCUGCCCAGAGCUCCGUCUUCAGCCUUUGGUUCGCUCGAAGAUGUUACGAACGUUCUCGUGGAGAAAUGAUAACAAUGCUCUACGAAAAAACUUUGAACAGAAAAAUCAUCGGUAGCAAGCCAAAAGAUCAGCCUUCGGAGGCUACAAUCCUCAGUGGAAGUCCUUCUAUGCCGGCAACCCCAUCUGUAACCGAGUCGCUAGUUGACGAGAAUAUCACGCAAAAACCUGGGAUGAGGGAGGUUGUGACGAAAUUCAUGAGAGGUGUUAGGCAACGUUUUCGGCCUUCAAAAAUCCCGUCCAACGAAGAAAAACUGUCGGCUUCAAUGGGGAAGAUUUUGAAUCUCAUGCGAAAUGAUGUCUAUGAGGUUGCCCAACGCUUCUGGGAGUUUCAGACCCUCAUCAAUAAGCCUCUUGGGUUGCUGUUCUCGAUUUAUCUCAUAUGGCAGAUGUUGGGCUGGUCAUGCCUCGUUGGCGUUGCUGUCGUCAUUAUCGCCCAGAUCUUCAACUACCUACUGGCUCGAAUACUAGUUGGCUGGGAGAAAAAGAGACGGCGCGCUGUGGACGUCAAACUCCAAAAGAUAUCACAAUACGUCGAAGCCAUACGACAUCUUAGAUGGUAUGGCUGGCAUCGUAAUUGGUUGGAAGGCAUCAUGACUGCCCGUCAACACGAGCUGAACCUGCGAGUUGUUGUUUACUUAUGGAACACCCUUAUCAAAUUUGUCAAUUCCCUUGCCAGUGGUAUGCUCCCAGUAGCCACAUUCUACGCCUAUACCGUUGUUGCUGGUCAACAACUCAGGGUCGACAUCGCAUUCCCUGCAAUCCAACUGUUCGCAAUGUUGCAAACCAAUAUCCGUGAAAUCCCUGCGCUGAUCACGGUGAUGUUAAACGCCUCGGUCGCAGUUGGUCGGAUAUCCGAUUUCAUAGCCGAGCCCGAAAAGCCAAAUGAUUCAACCGAAGGACCACAAUGGGAAGAAGAAAAAUUGGAGCUACAGAAUGCCUCGUUCUCAUGGCCUGGACUAGAUGAGAUCACUCUCGCGCAGCUCAAUUUAACAUUUCCUCGCGGCUUGACGGUAAUAUACGGUCCCGUCGCCUCUGGAAAGACCGCACUCCUCCAGGCGUUGCUUGGGGAAUUGGAUCUUCGAGAGGGAUAUCUGCAUAAAUCCCCCAUGGCUAUUGGCUAUUGUGCGCAAACCCCCUGGCUACAAAAUAUGAGCAUUCGAGAGAACAUUGUUUUUAUCUCUCCGUACGACGACACUCGAUACAAAAGAACACUUGAAGCGUGUGCUCUUCUUCCAGACCUAGCCAAUUUCAAAUAUGGCGAUUUGACAAGCAUUGGUGAGAACGGAAUCGGUCUUUCAGGAGGUCAGAAAGCAAGGGUUGCUCUCGCUCGUGCUGUUUACAGUGACACUCGUGUACUGCUAUUGGACGAUCCACUAAGUGCACUAGAUCAACAAACCGCCGAAUGGAUCACCACCAAAUGCCUCGCUGGCCCGCUGAUGGACGAUCGCAUUGUCAUCCUUGCCACUCAUAGGACUGACAUAUGUCGAACUUUCGCCACACAACUCAUCGAGAUUUCUCAUGGCACCGCAACCGUUCACCUCCUUGACGAAGACAUCUCUAAUUCUUCAUCCACGGCUGUCACAGUUGCAGAAGUGGAGCAAGAGCCCGAUGGUAAAAUUGACGACGCACUUGUCACGCCUGAAGGAUUCAUCGAGGAGGAACACAGAGUCCAUGGAGGUGUACAAGUUGCAAUCUACUGGCAAUACAUCAAAGCGGGAAAAUUGAAAUGGUGGUUCAUGGUUAUCUUGAGUGCAUCGCUUUGUCGAGGCCUGUACGUGGCUGAAAGUUGGUUCUUGAAAGAGUGGGGCGAGGCAUACAAUCACGUUAAAGGACAACUUUUGUUCUUACAACAACUCGCUUCAGAAGUUCGUUCAUUGAACAGCCCCAUCUCCAAGUUUUUCGAGCAUUUUCCAAAUCCGGCAACCAAUGUGAAUCCAUGGCUAUUGGGAUUUUUUAUUAUCAUCGUCGCCGAGACUAUCGGGCUCAUUCUUUCCGACCUAUUCAUGCUUGUCGUCACUUAUACUGCGGCACGCCGGAUGUUUCAUGAUAUUAUGAAUCGCAUCAGCAACUCAUCAUUCCGGUUCUAUGAUAUCACACCGGUCGGGCGACUUAUGAAUCGCCUGACCUCCGAUGUUGGCACAAUCGACGGCCCUAUAGCCACACAAUUCUUAAUGGUCAUAUGGUAUUCCAUUUCUUGGGUCUCAUCGAUGAUCGUCAUUGCCAGCAUCACCCCGAUCUUUCUCGUGUUCGCCAUUUCCUUGACGCUUGUUUUCGUCUGGAUCUUCCUCGAAUUUCUACCAACAUCGCAAAGUCUCCGACGAUUGGAGAUGGUAUCACUAAGUCCACUUAUGGCGAAUUUUGGAGCCUUACUGAACGGUUUGAUGACGGUCAGAGCUUUUUGUGCUCAGCAUCAAUUCCAGGAAAAAACAAUAAAAGUUACAGACGCUUUCCAAAAGAUGGACCAUUUUUACUGGAGUUUACAAGCAUGGUUGAUGUAUAGAUUUGAUACACUCUCCGGAAUAUCGACAUUCGUCCUCACCUUGCUGGCAAUUUUCUCCAACCUAACACCCGGUCUCACAGCCUUUGUCCUUGUGGCCGCCAACAAAUUCGUUCAAUACACCCAUUCGAUUUGCAAGCAAUACGGUCAACUACAACUUGAAUUCGUCUCCGUUGAGCGAGUAGUUGAGCUUCUACACAUCGAGCAGGAAUCACCUGGAACCAUCAUUCCCCCCGCAUCAUGGCCAACUUAUGGUAGUGAUGUGGUUUUUGAGGAUGUGAGUGUUCGCUAUCAACCCCAGAUGGACCGCGCUCUUUCAGAUGUUUCUGUGCGGUUUGCCGGUGGCACCACCAACGCCAUCACUGGCAGGACAGGCUCCGGCAAAUCCACCUUAGCCCUGUGUAUACUGGCAACGAUCCCUCUUGAAUCAGGGCGGAUCCUCAUUGACGGACUUGACAUUAAUCAAAUCGACAAGCAGGUCCUCCGAACUCGUAUCACCUUCCUUGCUCAAGAGCCAAUACUUUUCCCUGGCUCAUUGCGUCACAACCUUGAUCCAAUGGAAGACCACUCGGACAUCGAGUGCCUUGAAGUAAUAGCUCGGGUUUGCGGGAAGUAUGGCUGGACUCUGGACACUCAAAUCGAUGAUGGGGGUCGAAACUUGAGUCAGGGGCAAAGACAAUUGGUAGGCCUAGCCCGUGCCAUACUGAGGCGCAGUGCAAUUGUUGUCAUGGAUGAGGCCACCGCCAGCAUUGAUCUUGAGACCUCCACGGAAAUUCAAAGGGUCCUCAGAGAAGAACUGAAAGGCAGCACAAUCAUCACCAUUGCACAUCGUGCAGCUGCGGUGGAAAAUGCAGAGUUUUGUCUGGUCCUUGGUGGGGGACGGGUUUUGGAACAAGGGACGCCCGCCGAAUUCGAAACUUGA